CACAAGUUAGUGUGGCAGCGACUGUCAUGAUGUGCGCGUGAUUUUAAAAUAUGUUGCGCAGAACAACAGAAGUUAUUACUCGUGAACUUUUACAAAUUAUUUUCUAAAUAACAAGUGAAGUGUAGUGGUUUGUGCUAAAGUAAUUUAAGCUACCAAAGGUAUAAAUAAACGAACUCAAUACAAGAUAAAUACAACUUAUCUAUGACUAAUGUGAUCUUAAAUUAAUCAUCUUACAUCCUUAUUGAAACAAUGUAGAUUAGAUGCGAAAGAGUCGAAAUAUUUAAGGAAUUUGAUAAAUAAAAUACAAGUUCAUGAGUCUUUCGUCUUCAAUCAAGCCUAGAAAACCAGAAAAGAAUAAAUGCAAUGGAAUCUACGCUCAACAAUCAUUAAAUAAAUGGUGUGAAUUCAGAAAUAGACAAAAUGUCGACUAGUAAUGAUUUAAGUGACGUCGAGGAAGCGCCUAAGCUCCGCAUGAAACCCGCUGUGAGCAGCAUUUUCUGCUGCAGUGUCACAGCUGCGUCUGGUUUCAUUGCUGCGUAUGCUCUUGUGUCAUACGCAAUAGCUUUGAUCUACGAAAUAGUAUGGGUGGUGGAGUCACAAAGCGGCCUGCCCAUAGCAUCUGCUCUUCUCAUGAUAUGUUACUGCGUUGUGAUCGCUGCUACCGUGGUUCUCGUGCAUGGGCUUAUAUCUAAAAACAACACCUAUCUACUAGCGUGGUUGAUAUCUGUCAUCUUGGUUCUGAUACCGGAGUGUGCUCUGGUCUUCUACAUGUCUAUUAGUCACUGGGGUCUUCAAGGUGUGUACGGAGGCGCCGAGCUAGCAUGCUACGUGGCCCGCCUGCCGGCGAUCGUGUGCGGCGUCGUGCUGGUGCAAUCUGCGUACGCGCUGCGUGAGGCUAGGAAGGGCGAAUAUGGUACAGGAGUAGGAGUGGGUGGUAGUGAGUUCGACGCCAGCCAUUACAUUCCUGAACCUGCGCCUGCGUUCACCAACGAAGGUUUCAUGCCUGAUAAUGGUAAAUCCGGCUCAAUGCCCGACCUCAGGCGCCAUCUAGCGACACGGCAAUCCCUCAACAUGGGCUACAUGUUGGCCCAACCCCCACCAGCCUACUGGCAGCACUUGGCCGACAGGCAAUAUGCGGCCAGCCUCCGCCUUCCCAAACACUACCCCCCCAUACAAACGUUCGGCACAUGGGUUGGCCCACGCACUGGCCCAUAUGACAAACGUCGACACUCUAUAGUUGGCGCGUUUGACGAAUACCCGACCAAAUACGAUUAUGACGACAGAAUGGAAUGUAAAAGUGAACUAUCUUACCCUUACAGACAGUAUUACGACCCUAGAAUGUUCCCGCCGGACUAUGAAAGGUAUUAUCAAGCGCAGGAUGCAUAUGGUGUUAAUUUGUUAAGACAUGAUCCGUAUCAUUUUAAUCGGGAUAGGUCGUUCUAUGCUGUGAGAAAUAGCCAUACCUCUGUUGGUAACGAAUCUGAUGAUCUGACUAAAUAUAAGGAUGUUGCUUUAUAAAGAUUAGCAUAGAUAAUCCAUUUCUAUAAAAGCGAGUCAAAAUUGUACAUAUAAAUUAACAAGCAUGUAUUGAAAUUAAUUCUCCAAUCGAAUGUAGAGGCUCGACAAACAAUCAGAUAAGACAAUUUAUUAUAAAUUUUAUACUCAUAAAUUCGCUAUUUUAAUGAUAUCUACAUUACAUGAUGCAUGGUCGAAAACGUGAAAUGUCACUUUGACAGUUGAGUACAAACAUAACUCUUGCAUACAUGAUACAACAGAAUACGCUACAUACAUAUAAGUGUUAAAUGUUGAUGCUGUAAUUUGACACAUGAAUAUAAAAAAAAAA